AUGAGUUCAAUGCGUUGCCAUUUGCUUUACCUCCAAAUCAUAUUUGUCUUGGCCGUAUCAAUUUUGCUACAAUUCAUAAUUCUUCUUCCUCCAACCGCUGCUACUUGGAGCGGCAACGAGACAGAUUACAUGGCACUGUUAGCCUUCAAGUCCAAGAUUGUUCACGACCCGGAAGGAGUUAUGGAUUCAUGGAACGAUUCUGUCCACUUCUGCAACUGGCAAGGGGUUACGUGUGGCAGGCGGCACCGGCAAGUCACCAUCUUAGACUUGCAUGAGAGCAGGUUAGCGGGAUUCAUAUCACCUUACAUAGGAAACUUGAGCUUCCUUCGAGUCUUGUGGCUCACUAACAACACCUUUCAAGGCGAAAUCCCACCACAAGUUGGCAAUCUAUUCAGGCUGCAGGUACUAGGCUUGUAUAAUAAUUCAUUGACGGGUGAAAUCCCAGCCAAUUUAUCUCAUUGCUUCAAUCUUAGGUAUUUUGGAAUUGGUACGAACAUGUUGGUCGGUAAACUACCAACAGAGCUUAGUUCAUUGUCAAAGCUCAUUCGUCUUAGAGUGGGAAAAAAUAAUUUUAGCGGAGAGAUUCCAUCUUUCAUUGGAAAUUUUACGUCUCUUGAGGUUAUAAGUGCCGCUUUCAAUGCUUUCACAGGAAACAUCCCAGAGGCCUUGGGCCAGCUUCAAAAUUUAACUUCUCUUAUAUUGGGUGCUAAUAAACUCUCUGGUAAGAUACCUUCAUCUAUUUACAACCUUUCAUCCUUGACUUUACUCUCUCUACCAAAAAACCAACUCUCCGGCAGCAUCCCAUCAGAACUUGGUUCUAUGUUUCCCCAGCUUCAACAUCUAGCGCUCGAUGCUAACCAUUUCAGAGGACCCCUACCCGUGUCACUGCCUAACUUUUCAAAUAUAGAACUUCUUGGACUAUCUCAUAACCAUUUUAGUGGGAAAAUAUCAAUUGAUUUCAGACUUCUGCCUCGCCUCAAUUUUUUAAACUUAGUUAAAAAUAAUUUGGGAACUGGAGAACCUGACGAAAUGGGUUUUAUUCCAUCUUUGGUCAACUGCACAAAUUUGCAAGUAUUGGCGGUUGCUUUCAACCAACUAAAAGGAACCUUGCCAAAGAGCAUUGGGAACCUCUCAGCCACAAUAUCUGUCCUAGACUUAUCAAUAAACCAUAUAUAUGGAGAGAUCCCUUCCGAAAUAAGCCAUCUAGUAGGACUAGAUGUGCUAGACCUGAGUGAGAAUGAAUUCAAGGGAAGAAUCCCCUACAGUAUUGGCAAUCUUCAAAACCUACAAGAACUAUUUCUUUGUUCCAACUGGCUAGAAGGAGACGUUCCCAAUACAAUAGGAAAGCUGUCAUCCUUGACCCAUUUUUACUUGGAAGAGAACAGAUUGCAAGGAAAAGUUCCUGUGACCCUCGGAAACUGCCAACGAUUAUUAUUGCUAAAUCUUUCUUUCAAUAACCUGAUAGGAGCCAUUCCUAGAGAACUCUUUGGCAUUUCAACUCUUUCAAUUUCACUCAACUUAGCAUGGAACCAUUUCUCUGGGCCCUUGUAA